AUGGUCCUCAAAGCCACCUCGAUCCACACCAACUUCCUCUCGAGCGGGGAGAGGUACGUCACCGCCGAUGCCGACGCCGACGCUUCGGCCUCGGCCCCGGCUACGGCGCCUCAGUCGGCCGCCACGUCGCACGACGGCCACGCCUCGACGCCCUCGCGCAAGAACAGCCUGUGGAGCCGCAAGAGCAAGGAGGCCCCGUCUGCCUCGCGCAAGGACGUCAGCCUGCCCGACGGCGUCAGCGACGACAACAUCAUCCUCGUCGUCUGGGACGGGCCCGACGACCCCGAGAACCCGAUGAACUGGAGCCUGACGCGCAAGUGGAUCACGACGUCGCUCCUGUGCGCCAUGUGCCUCUUCAUCGGCCUCUCGACCGCCGGCUACUCGGUCGGCAUCGGCCCCAUGACGCAGGAGUUUGGCGUCUCCAACGAGGUCGGACAGGUCGGCAUGCUCCUCUUCAACGGCGCCUUUUCCAUCGUGCCCCUCUUCCUCGGCCCCCUCUCCGAGUUUGUCGGCAGGAACCCCAUCUACCUCGGCUGCUACGUCCUCUUCACCCUCUUCUUUAUCCCCCAGGCGCUCGGCAAGAACAUCGAGACGCUCCUCGUCUCGCGCUUUAUCUCGGGCGCGUUUGGCGCCGCCGGCACCACCAUCAUCCCAGGCACGCUCGCCGACAUCUGGAAAACAAAGGACCGCGGCGUCCCCGUCGCCCUCUUCAGCCUCGUCGCCGUCGCCGGCACCGUCGGCGCUCCCCUCUACUGCGGCUACAUCCUACAGGAGAAGAACUGGCGCUGGAUACAGUGGUGCCAAUUGAUUAUAAACGCCGCCGUCGUUCUCCUUGAGCUCCUCCUCCUGCGCGAGACUCGCGGCUCGGUCAUCCUCCAGAGGCGCGCCAAGAAGCUCAGGAAGGAGACGGGCGACCAGCGCUACCGCGCGCCCUCGGAGCUCGAGGCGCCCUCCCUCAAGGCCCUCCUGCACGUCUCGACCACCCGUGCCGCCAUGCUCAUCGUCAAGGAGCCCGUCGUCCUCUUCUUUUCCAUCUACAUCGCCUACGCCUGGGCGCUCAUCUUUGCCUUCUUCGCGGCCAUCCCCAUCGUCUUCCAGGAGCGCCAUGGCUGGAGCGUCGGCAACGGCGGUCUGGCCUACAUCGGCCCCGUCAUCGCGUGCUUCCUCGCCUUUGGCCUCUCGUUCCACAGCAAGUACCUCUACGACCGCGCGCGCACCCGCAACAACGGCAUCGCCGUCCCCGAGGCCCGCCUCUACUACGCCUGCGUCGGCGGCAUCCUCUCCACCAUCGGCAUGUUCAUCUUCGCCUUCACCUCGCCCACCAAGAACGGAGACCGCUUCGUCCACUGGAUCGCACCCGAGAUCGCUCUCGUGCCCCUCGUCAUGGGCAUCUACUUUAUCUUUGAGGCCAUCCAGCAGUACCUCGCCGAUGCCUACGGGGCUGAAUGGGGAGCGUCUGCCAUCUCGGCUCAGGGCCUGAUACGCAACAGUAUGGCGGCUUCGUUUCCUUUGUUCUCUACUCAGAUGUUCCGCAACCUCGACGUAUGGGGUGCGGGAACGUUGCUCGGCUGUCUGCUCGCGCUCGCGGUCCCCCUCCCCUUUAUCCUCAUCAAGUUCGGCGCCAGGAUCCGCGCCAACUCCAAGUACGCGGCGUUCGAGGAUGAAAGUGGCGAGCAGAGCGGUCCGGUCCUUGGCGCGCGGCGCGACGUCGAGGCCAAGGCGGCCGCCGCGGGCUUCGAGAGCAACCCGACCUCGGGCACGGCAACACGCGCGCCUUCGCCGACCGCGGCAGCCGAGGAGGAGAAGGCCAAGGAGAACUCGGCUUAG